CCUCGCAGCACACUUUCCUUCUACUCACACGCACACAGUCCUCAGUAUCACACACACACUCACGCUCACGCUCCACUACAACGCACUGUACACAGUUGAUUAUUAGCUAGUUGGGUUUCUGGCCCGGCCGCCGGCGAGAUGGGCAAGGACAAGCACCACCGCGACUGGAUCCUCCGGCGGUGCUGCGGCUCCAUCGCCGCCUGCAUCCUCACGCUCGCCGUCCUCGUCGGCUUCAUCGUGCUCGUCAUCUACCUCGCGAUUCACCCCUCCAAGCCUUCUUUCUACCUCCAGGACGUCCAGCUCCGCAACAUCGACCUCUCCGACCCUGCCAUCUCCCUCAACCUCCAGGUGACGAUCGCGUCGAGGAACCCGAACGACAGGGUGGGGGUGUACUACAAGACGCUGCACGUGUUCACGACGUACAGGGAGGAGCCGAUCACGGUGCCGGUGGAGCUGCCGGCGAUCUACCAGGGGCACAAGGACGUGUCGGUGUGGUCGCCGGUGAUGUCCGGCGAGUCGGUGCCCGUGGGGCAGUACGUGGCGGACGCCAUGAGGCAGGACAUCGCGGCGGGCUACGUGCUGCUGCACGUCAAGGUGGACGGCCGCGUCAAGUGGAAGGUCGGCAGCUGGGUCUCCGGCGGCUACCACCUCUUCGUCACGUGCCCGGCCCUGCUCGCCGCCAGCGGCGGCAACGUCGGCGGCGCCUUCGCCAUGAGCGCCACGGCGGGCGGCGGCGCCGGCGGCAACGCCACCGUCUCGCUCAAGUUCGCGCAGGCGGCGGACUGCACCGUCGACGUGUGACGCGAAAUCACCGUGCAACCCCCAGUGAGCGUGUACGCUAGCUUGUCGCGGGAGAACGCACGCACGGCGGCGCCAUGAGAGCUACAGACGCAACGGCAACGGCGCACCUCGCCGAAGUAAUUAGUAUCGGAUUAGCAAUUGUAACAGUGUAAGCUUAUCGAGUCAGCGCGUCUUCCCCCCCUCCCCCCCCCCCCAAUUCUGAAUCUGUGCAGAAUAAAAGGCCACUUUUAUAUGUAUACAUCCGCUUAGUAUCAUUUGUCAUUGUCGAAACAACAUUUAUGCAUCAAAGCUUUACAAUACAGUC